AUGAAUAAGAAGGAUAAGCUAUGGUUUGCUUCAGCUGGAAGUAUGGCGCAGGUGCCAUGGCCGGGGGCAAUGGUCUAUUACUUCCCUAAGGGGCACGCCGAGCAUGUAGGGGUUGAGUUUCAUCUAGCUGACAGUCGUGCUCAAAUGAUUAGUUGUCAAGUUUCAGUGCUUACUUUGUUUGCAAAUCCAGACACAAAUGAGCCGGUUGCAAAAAUUGGACUCGUUCCCAUGGAUCCUUCACUAGAUCAGGGAUAUGCAAAGAUUCAUCGAGAUGAUAUAGUUGACUACCCAUUGUCUUAUAAAACUUUAACGAGUUCUGAUGCAAAUGGUCCCUUGGCUGUUUUGAAACACUGUGUUAACACAAUUUUUCCGCCGAUGGAUUCAGAAUCUGAAGAGCAGACAAUCCUUGUGAAUGACAUAUCCGGUACAAGUUGGGAGUUCAGACAUACUUUUAAGCGAGCACAAAGUCAAGAUCACCUAAGGGGGGAUUGGAGAAGAUUUGCAAACAAUAACCAACUCAAACGUGGUGAUUCUAUUGUGUUUAUGAAGGCUGAAGCUGAUGAAGUCCUAGUAGGGAUUGCAAAAGAACUGAGCAGGAUCGAGAGGGCUACAUCAGUUAGCCACGAAGUUUCAAUGGCAUAUAGUAGGGCUCCACGAGGUUCUCUAUUACCCACGAGCGGCGGGUCCCCAGUUUUGCGUGGGAAUAUCUGA